AUGAAUGGUGCCUUAGUGACUGCUAUGCAUGCUAUUCGUAUAAUAUAUCCACAUAUAAAUAAUCAAAAAACAUUUGAACAUAUUCUUCUUGCAGUUUUUUAUUUUGCUAUUGUUGUAUAUGUAUAUCAAUUACGGCCUGAAAUAAAUGAACAUCUUAUCAAUGAUUAUAAAAUGGGUGAUGAAAAAAAUAAUUGGAAUUAUGUUAUUGAACGAAUUUUAAAUACAGAAUUAAUGAAUGAUGUUCAUGCUGUUAAAGUUUUACGAGCUUUAAAAGAUGCUGAAAAAGUUUAUGGUUAUAAAGAUGGAUUUUAUUUAAAAACUGCAGUUAAAACUGUAGAUAAUGUGAAUAUUGAAGAUAUAUGGAUUGCAAGACCGAAUGAUCAACGACAAUUAAAUGUACUCAAACGUUCAUAA